UUUUCUCGUUGAAUGACAGAGCAGGCUCAAGUAGCUGCAUGGCCUACUCCUGCUCCUAAUUCUUCUAUUCCUAGUCAUUUAUUUCAUCCAUUCAGGAACCCAGUUAAUGCAGACAAAACACCGCAGGAAAUCGGCCAAGGGAAUAUUCUAUCGAGACCUUAUAUAUUGCUUCUGAUGUUUCAAGGCAACAGCAGCAUUUACAACAUUACAGCAUUGUCAAACACUUGAAGAUCAGCAGCUUUGCCACUCGCUUGUAGUUCUAACUGGUGUCUCUCGGAUCUGUCAGUCCUUUUCUAUUCUCUCUCCCUGCUCCUCCCACACAGAAAUCCAUCCUUCAGUAUGUGCAGGGAGAGCUGCUGACAGUAUCACUUCCUUUGUGCCUUUGGCAGUGAGAGAUGGUCGAGGUGAGAGCCCUUUACUCAGGGCCUAUCUUUCUCUUUGGCGUUAUGGCAAGUUAACCUGGUGACCCUGACAGUCAACCAGGGAGAGAGUUGCUGCGGGGACAGCAGUUCAGCAUUUCUGGGAAGUUGCUGAGGGAUUUUGGGCAGAUCCUAUGGCGAGUGCCGGCUUCCAAGUGGUGGGAUUCGUCGUUGGCUUGGUUGGGUGGUUCAUGGCCUGCGUUGCUAUGGCGAUCCCACAGUGGAAGAUCCGCAACCUCGGCGGCAGUACGAUUCUGACAGUGGAGGAGGGCUGGGUGGGGAUCUGGAUGAGCUGCAUCAACGACAGCGGUGGUCUCCUGAGCUGCGAUGUGUACGAUUCAUUGCUAGCCCUGCCAUCUGACCUCCAGGCAGCCCGGGCCCUCAUGUGCUUGGCCGUGGCAUUGGGCAUUUUCGCUGCGGUGGUGUCAUGCGGGGGCUUGAAGUGCACCAAGUUUGCGAGGGCUGAGGAGAGGUUGAAAGCCUCACUGACCGUAACUGGAGGGAUUUUAUUCAUCGUGGCAGGAAUAUGUGUCCUGAUUCCUGUCUCCUGGACUGCUGCCAAUAUCGUGGCUGAUUUCUACAACCCGCUCGUGCCCACGUCCAUGAAGACAGAUCUGGGAGAUGCCCUGUUCCUAGGCUGGGGCUCAGCUUUUGUGCUUGUCCUAGGGGGAAGCAUCCUCUGCUGCUCAUGUCCAGCAGCCAGUGAGCACAGUGAAGGCUACGUGAGGAAUUGUACUCACUAUCAGCUCACAGCCCCUGCAAACAGGAUCAACAUCUGAAUCUGCAUUUAUGAUUCUACAAUAUGGACCAGGAAGCAUAUUCAGAAUUCCUGCAAAAUUCUCAACCCAGACAGUUUUGAGGAUUAAAGAGAAGUCAUCAAACUCUACCCAAUUUGUGAAAUAAAG